GGAAUAUCGACGAAAACCAGACUACUUAUCGUGUCAAAAAAAAUAAAAAAUAAAAAAUAAAAAAAAAAGAAGAGAAAGAAAAAGAAAAAGUUUCGAGAUAAAUAAUAUAUCCUUCUAGUAAAGGAUUCUCAUCCGUAAACCAGUUCGUUUUAUGCCCAAUAUUUGUAAAUGUUUGAGAAAAAGGGAAUCAAUCGACUGGGAAAUGAUCCUCUUUUAUAUGAGAGAAUUAAGCUACGUAGAUUGUCGGGGACACCUGAAUGGAUAAAGACAAAAAGUGGGUAAAAGCGGAGAAGCAAAUAGGCUUUAGUCAGAACGAUGGGUUUUUCUUUUUUCUCUUGCUUUUUUUUUUAGGUGGCGAUUCCCUUACAAUAUCCCCAUAGAGCAAAAGAGGACAAGGAAGGAUAGUGUGGAAAAGAAGAGUGUGGUAAAUGAAAUAAGACUGGGGUACCGAAGGAUACCGAAGGAUACCGUGGAGUGGUAUGUGAUGCAGUCGGUAGGUAGUAGAGGUGAGAGAGUAUGGAGAGAGAGAAUAAUCCACCCACCGGGUAAAAGAGGGAAAGGGAAAGGGAAAGAAAGGUAUGGGUGGGAAGAAAAGUAAAAACAAGUAGGUAAAGUAUGUAAAGUGGGUAGGAGAAUUCUAAAGAAUAAAGAGAAUUCAAACGAAUGAAUAGUUUUGUUUUUUUCAAGAGACGAGAGAUGAAUUGAAAACCAAAAAGUAUUAUGCUCUGCUUUGCUCUGCUUUACUCUCUGCUAUGUCUAUUGCUCCCUUCUACUACUACUACUCCUCUUCCACACCAACUAUUACGCAGUGUUCUUGUCUUUUCCAAUGCCAUUUACCGACUUGCAAUGCAUCGGUAACUCAUUUAGCCAUGAUCUGACUCUUACGCAAUCGAUAUGGAGCACAGCGAUAGAGUGGAGCAGCUCCAACUGUCUGGAGGAAUCUGGAGGAAUCCUUGUGCUUAUGGUUCGCUCGGCUUUCGGGACAGACAACCCUAACCGAGGAAACAGGAAUGCCGAGAUAAACAAAAAACCUUGGUGAAACCGAAAUUGCAAAUCGAUCGAAAAUGGACUUUUUUUUUUGUUUUGUUUUGUUUUUAAAUAGAGAUGCUUUUUAAUAAAUGUAAUUACAGAUUAUAAAACUGUGGAUUAUGGAAUUUGGGUUUGUUUUUGUUUUUGUUUUUGUUUUGUUUUUCUUGCAAACUCUCGCGCACUCUCUUUUUCAUCUUGGUAUGCUUUCCCUCCAUCGCACUCGACCGAUCUAUACCGAAUUAUGCACCGCAUUGCUAUUUCUGAAAGCGAGUCCCUUAGAUCAUGUUGAUGGUUUAUUUACAUUUCCAAACCAAACAAAAACAUUACAGCAAAAGCCUUCUUCCACUUGGCUUCAACCUCUACUCAAAUCGCCUUUUCUUGGGCUGGUUUGUUGUUUCUUGGGAUUGCUUCUGUCCCUCGUGUCGUUUUCGACUUUUUCUUCUUGCUUCCAUUCAUCAUCCUCUUUGGAUUGGAUCUUUGGGAUUUCUUGCUUUCUCUCCCGACCCCAUUGAAACUCUUCUCUAGUUUCACCUCCUCUCUUACACACACUCUCUUUUUUUCUCUCUCAUCUACUUUUUUUUUUCUAUUUCUUUCUCUGCCAUCUUUUCUUUUGUAUUCAUCUUUACCUUGUUUCUAGUUUGGCACUUUUUUUUUUUUUUUUUUUUCUUUCUCUUCCAAGCACUAGUUUUCUAGUUUUAAAGAAAACAGUUUUUUUUUUUUUUAUUUGGUAAUUUUCUUUUCUUUCUCUCUUUCUCGCGCGCUCUCUCUCUCUCUCUUAUAUAUAUAUCCUCCCAUUCCACUUUGCUUUUUCUUUUGUCUGUUUAUUUGUUUACUUGUUUCCACUUUCAAAACAUCCUCCCUCUUCGCUUCCUUCUCACUCUAUUCUCCAAGCGAGCCUCUCUUUAAUCAUCCACUCCUCAAUUCUCCCUCGUCUCUUCAACCUCGCUAAACUGCGUUAUUUGUAAUCUAUUAGUUUUUCGGAAUAUUUUAUUCUAGAAAUUCACGUUUCCUUAUUUCAUUGUUGGUACGCGCCCUUUUUU